GGCGCAGCAGCAGCCACCGCCGCCUCAUCACAGGAAAGUAGCGGGCAUCAGCCUUCCCAAGAACCUCAGCAGCCGUCUGGGAUGUGGCUACUGAAAAUGGAAGAUAAAUUUACUACCGGGCAGUAUAGGGGAAUCGCGGAUUUUGUGGCCGAUUUCCGGUUGAUGCUAGAGACUUGCUAUCGGCUGCACGGUGUGGAUCACUGGUUGUCCAAGCAAGCUCAGAAGCUGGAGAUGAUGCUCGAGCAAAAGCUGGCGCUUCUCUCUCGGCUUCGAGAACAAGAAAGAAAAGAGGCAGAAGAAGCUAGUCAAAAAGACAUAGAAGAAUGGGAGAAGUCCCUUCUGUCUCAAGCAGCUCCUACUCAGAUGGAAAACAUGUGGGAAAUUCCAGCUAUUGGCCAUUUUCUUUGUUUAGCACAACAUAUUUUGAACUUGCCUGAAAUAGUUUUUUAUGAGUUAGAACGCUGCCUUUUGAUGCCUCAGUGUAGUGCUUUUUUAUCUAAAAUAAUGACUUCUUUGUUAAGUCCUCCUCAUCGAAGAUCUACCUUGCAUCGAAGGCCAACUCUUCCUUAUAGGACUUGGGAAGCAGCACUUAAACAAAAAGUACAGCAGUGGUACACAGCUGUGGGACAAACUGACAAUCCUGACAGUUGUGCAGAAAAGCUUGGUCUUUGUCCUCAGUUUUUUAAAGUCCUUGGAGAAGUUAAUCCUUUGGAGGAAAAACCAUUUCACGAACUCCCAUUUUGUCAAAAAGCAUGGCUGCUAAAAGGCCUCUGUGACUUUGUAUAUGAGACCCAAAAGGAUGUACAAGAUGCUGUACUUGGUCAGCCUAUCCAUGAAUGCAGAGAGGUAAUUCUAGGUUAUGAUUACUUAGAACAUGCCUAUGUUCACUUCCCACAGUUCUGUGGCGCAGAUGUACGGAUUUACAAACAGAAGCCUUUUCAUGCCCCUGAGUUUCCAGUUCCUUCCAUUAAGGUAAAAAGAGUACCACGGAUUAAACUGGAGAAAGUAAAAUGUGAAUAUAUCACCAAAAGCAAUGGUGAAGUUAGACUUAGUGCUAAAGAAGAGCUUUUGCAUCACACAGAGGCAGAACCAGGAAAAAACCUUUGCUCAACAAAAAUCCACUUGGACCUCUUGAAUGUCAUGCCAGAAAAAGAAAUUAAAUCCAACUAUGAAGAGAGAAUUCAUAAGGACUGCGACUUUACAACAGACUGCUGCAAAGAAAACAGGGAUGAGGCAAUUGUUCCAGGAGAGAUUGUUAGUUAUGGGGUACCUCUAAGCCCAGGAGAAAUCCGGAUUGUGGAAAAUGGAGAAAAAUGUGGUGAAUCUUCAGUUGUGAAAACAGAGACCACGCCAUUAAAGGAGAACACCCUUAAAACCUGCCAGAUGCAUGUGAAUGGGAAUCAUAGUGACAAUCCAGAUAGUAAUUGCCACAAAAUUGCUAAAGAAAUUACUUCAGAGAAUUCUGUAGAAAACAAAACACUAAAGUUUAGUAAAGUACGAGCAAAAAAGAAGAAAAAGAAAAAAAAGAAACUGAAAGAUAUUUUGAAUGAAAACCUUCAGCGGAAACGUGAGCUUCACCUCCACUCAUUCAAAUCUUAUAAACCUGAAAUUCAGAAUAAGUUGCUCAUGAUGAAAAAGAAAGCCAAACACAAGAAGCACAAAUCUGGAAAGAAAUCCAUAUCUAAAAAAACAAUUACAAAGAAAAGGAAAUCUGUUACAAAGCCUCCUGUCCCAGAAUUCCAGCUUAUUUGCACUAAUCUUGAUGAACUCAGGGAAUUAAUUAGAAAAAUUGAGACUGAACUCAAAGAUGUGGAGAAUAUUAAAAAGAAAUCGGGAAGAUGGUAUCACCGAAAGCAAGCUGUAAAGGAAUUACACUGUACUCUGAUACGUCUGCUAAAUGAAUUGUUACCAUGGGAACCAAAACUAAUGAAGGCUUUUCAAAGAAACAGGUCUCGAUUAAAAAAGGACUAUGAUGACUUCAAAAGGCAACCAGAUCAUGAUAAAUUUACUAGAGAACAGUGGACUAAUGAGGAUAGUGAAGUGAAUGCUGGUAAAGAAGGUUUGAAUGCAUUAACCAGUGAGUCUCCAGAGCAUACUGAGUUUCUGAAAAGGGAUUAUGCAGAUGCAGAGGACAUGAAACUGUCAGAAAUGGAUCUUGCUGCAGGAAAAUCCAGACCACUAAGAAAGGACCUGACUUCUAGAGAAAUACAAAAGGCAGUGCCUAAAUAUAUUAAACGCCAGUUCAAGCAAAACAGUUACCUAGAUGAUAGCACAAACGAGUUUUCACCAAGGAAAAAGCUCAAAUUAAGCACAAGUGAUACCAUAGUCCAUGGUAUAGAAAACGACCUGUCAAUUGAUGGUUGCUUGAGUAAGCAAACAGAAUCUUCGUCUUCAGAAUCGUUGGAUAUGGCAGACUCUCCAGCAUCAAUGUCUAACUUAAUAAAAGGGACCAAGCCCAUCCAGGCCUUGCUUGCUAAGAAUAUUGGGAACAAAGUGACCUUAACUAGUCAGCUGCCACCCACUGCAGGUAGAAGCAUUUCUACUUCUGAGAAGCUGAUUAUGUCAACUAUGGGUUCUUCUCCAGUUAAACCAGUGCUGCCCUGCCAGACCAGUUCAAAAAACCCUUUACAAGUAUUGUACAAAAUGCCAGGUGGACACUGUGUGCCAAUAGACCUGCAUAACAAUUCAGUGAAGAUUCAGAUGCAGCCUGUGGUCGACUGUAAAUCAGGAGAGAAAGCCACAGGAGAGAAAAUAAUGCAGCAAGUCCUUAUUUUGCCUAAAAAUUUUCUUAUCCAUCACAGAGAAACUAAAAGUGGGACAAAAGAAGUCCAGUCAUUGCAGCAAAAGACUACUGAGCAGCACUGUAUCUCUCUUCCACAGCCAACAGCUAUCAACACUACGUUAGCACCUGCCCUUCCAGCAUCAUCAAUAAAUGCUGCUACUGCACUUCUGCCCAGUACAAACUUUAAAAAGAAUACUACACAUUUGCCACAAGGGGCUAAUUCAGCGAAUAGAUUUUCAAUAUUGCCCUCUAUAAUCCCCACAGGUAAUGUAUUAACAUCAGUGGUGAAAAUGAGCCAAAGUGAGACUACUAAAACUAAGACUGUAGUUUCGGCUGCCUCAUCCCCGGUUGCUUCACCCACUAUUUCAUCAGCAGUUCAGACACUGACAACAACACUACCACAAAGUGUUUCUGCUUGCACCAGCAGUUCCUCCCCAAGACUAGCAUCCCCCCCAGAAAGUACUGACACUGGUGAAACUAAACAAGAACUGAAAACAAUCUGUAUCAGAGAUUCACAAUCUAUCCUUGUUAGAACGCGAGGUGGUAACACCGGCAUUGUUAAGGUGCAGACAAAUUCAGACCAGAUUUCUCCUAGUAACUUAUCUCCAAGUUCUGUUUUCACAUAUGCACCUCAGCUUCAGGCAUUUUUAGUGCCAAAAUCUACACAGUUGUCAACCUCUACUUUUUCAGCUGCAACAACAGCUAUACCUAGUUUCCCAGCGCCUAUCCAAUCCUCUCCAACAAUGUCUGCUUCCAUUCCAACUGUGCCUGCUUGUAUAAAUCAGGUAAUGGGGAAAAACAUGACACUUGCAUUUGGGCAGCCUCAUAACAGUUGUACUGUGGAUCAUGGAAUGCAAAAGAAUGUACAUGCGUCCUCUCCUACCUUUCUGUGUCCCAUAACAUCUAAUGUUGUCAUGCCAGCACCACCAAACAGCUCAGUUAAUGCAAUUAGCAUUUCUGCAGGAAACCUUGGGCAGAGUACCACAUGCACUACCCAGGCUCCCUUUAUUAAUCAAGGCAAUGUAAAUAGUACAAAAUAUCCUAUUACGCAGCCUGAGGCCACAUCCGUAACCAGUGGAAAUGUGAUGAGUGGUGCUCAAAUUCAAAAACUUAUGUUGGUCACAAAUCCUCCUCUUCUUCCUGCCUGUGGAACUACAGGAGUCAACCUAAUCCCUGCGCCAACAUCCACUGGCAUUGCGGCACAGAAACUAGUUUUCAUUAAUAGUCCACUUGCCAAUAUUCAGUCAAACACCACUUUAACUGCAGAAUCCUUUAAACAGACUUUCCCUUCUUCCAUGGGCAAAACAUAUGUUAAAGGCACAGAGCAACCUCAGUUAGUCCUAAUUCCAUCUACUGUGGGAGCAUCGAUUAAAGUAAAUACAUCACCAACCGUUUCUCAAAUAAAAGAUGUGAAAAUAGGACUUAACAUUGGUCAGGCCAUUGUAAAUAGCACCGGUAAUGCUCAGAGUGUUCCACCAAUUAACAUUAUGCAGUCUACAGCUCCAAAGGAUGCAGAAGAAAAAAAUAGCCAGGGUGUAAUUUUGCCAUUGUUAACAAGCAGUGGUUUGGUUCCUGUGUGUUCAAGUUUGCCGUGUCAAAGCAUUGCAUCUGUCAAAGAGUCUCUGAAUGAUGCAAUAAGAGCAGUAAACACACCUACAUUAACAACAAAUGCAUUUUUAGAUCCUGUUCCUAUGGCAUUGAGUGGAACUACUACUGGAACACGGCCUACUAUUUUGGCUGGUGGAAUAGAUACUUUAACAAAAGUUACACCAGUUUUAACUCCUCGAAUGCGUACCUCUAAUGUUGGAAGUACUAUGGCUAUAUCAACUGUGAAAACGGGGCACCUUGCUUCUUCUGUACUGAUUUCAACUACUCAACCAACAGUUUCUCAUCCAAGUUUAUCAUCUACUUUUCAGUUGCCAGUUACAGUUGCCUUGCCUGGACCUGUGAAUGGCGCCCCUAAAAUGAUACACACAGUCCCUCAGUUACCAGCAGUUUCACCUGCUGCACAAUGUAUGCCCCUUUCAAAAGGUCAGCAGUCCACAUUGGUCCAAUUUCAACCUCCAGGAAUUUCAUCUACAGUGCCAACCAAUUGUAAUGCUCAAAGACCACAAACUGUAUUGCCUUCUAAUGCACCAAAUACAGGUAAAGUAAUUGGUUUUUCUAAUUUAGUCCCCCUGCCUUCCCAGCCACUGCCUCCUAAUUUUGUAAAGCCAAUUCCUGCUUUCAGUUGUGCUCCUAGUGCCUCUACCACUCAGACUGUUCCAGCUUCACCAUCUGUAGCUAGUAAUGUAGGAGGACAGUUGAAUGAGUCGUGUAUUCAACAGAAAAUAAUUAUUAACACUUGUACCCCUUUGGCACCUGGAACUCAAAUAAUGAUCAGUGGUACUCGGUUCAUUGUUCCACCUCAGGGCCUUGGAGCUGGCAGUCAUGUUCUUCUCAUCUCUACAAAUCCAAAACUUGGGCCUCUUUUAACUGUUAGCAAUGGCCAUGGGUUCCAAGGUGUAUCUCAUGCUGCUCCCCUUACCCAGAAGAUUACACAAGUGUCAAGUAAUACAUCAAGUUGGCAGCCAUCAAAACAACCUUUGAAAAGCUCUACCAAAAUUGUAAACUCUCUUGGGACUGCAAACCCUCUACCUAUUGUACAUGCAACACCACAGGUAGUAAACAAUGCUACAAAAUCAAGUACUCCAUCUUUUGCAACCACACUGUCUCCAUCUUUGGUAGCAGUCACCCCAUCUACCACUCUCGCUAAAACUUUGGCUUGUGCAACUCAGACUGGUAACUCAUCGCUACAAACCAGUCCUUCUGUAUUGCAUCUAGAUACAUCUAUCAAAAAACUGAUGGUCAGCCCAGAAGGAGCCAUUUUGAAUGCUAUAAAGACUCCAACAUCUAAAACUUCCUCUCUGCCUUCAUCCUUCUCUCCUGACAUAAUUUCCACAACCAGGAAUCCUGCUGUUGUCUUCCCUAGUUUUCUGAAGUCCAGCAUAGGUGUACCUGAUACAGCUGCAUCUUGAAUUUAAAGUAAAUGAGCCGUUAAAAUGUUGGGGCAUUCUUUUGAUUAUGAAGUUAAUUUAUAAUUGUUAAAAAAUUCUUAUGCUGUUUUGAAAUAUAUCAGACAUGUGGCUGAGGUAGAUUGAACCCAAGGCAUGUAAUGUCUACUUUUGAGCAUGUGGAAACUGCCGGGUAGAGAACUGGACUGUUUUGCAUGCCACUGGAAACUCAAGGGUUGAAUGGAUUCAGCAUUCUGCACAUGUCAUAUGUAUCACCUGCCCAAUUUGCCAUUAACUGGGAGCUGCUACAUUCUCAAAUUUUAAAAUACCUACCAUGUGCCCAAGUGUUUGUGUGCAUAAGGUCAUAGCAAGAUUUUU